AUGCUCAGUCGGAGCGGGGACCAACCCACUACGCCGAAGGAUGAACUUACGCAAUAUCUUAAUAGUGAUACUGUUGAUAUGGGCCCUUUAUCGUUUUGGAAGGAGAAUCAGCAUCGCUUUCCAGCGCUUGCGGCCAUGGCGCGAGAUACUCUUUCGGUGCUAGCAACUGGAUCUAGUGUUGAACGGCUGUUUAACACUACCCGUGAUAUCUGUCAUUAUCGCCGAGGACGGUUGAAUGCGACGACAAUCUAG